UGGCAGAAGCUGAGCGAAGCAGUGGACAGCGCUCAUCAAUAGAUACACGGAUAAAGAAAGGCUAUAUAAUACGCUUUGGCUAGUGGAUAUUUACAAUUGUUUUAAAGUAGCCUAACGUGAUACGAGGACUUUUUUUAUUUGGAAGAGAGAGGAUAUUGUUUUUGCGACGGAGUGGCUUUGCGCGUCAAGAUACCUUAUUCACUGGAAUGUUAUCGAGUAAAUUACUUCGAUUUGACUCGUGAAAAAGUGAAAAGCAUGAGCCUUUAUAGCCUACGUAUGCUUUCAAGUUCAUAGCCCACGAAUACCGGUCGCGUUAGACGUUUGUUGUAUUUCACUAGAGCAAAUUUAACCACGGUAUCCAAUUUUGGCAGUAUACUGUAAUAGCUUCUGCUUGUCUGCCAAAAGAUGACGGAAAACAAUGAGAAGGAGAAUGAACCGCAACACCUCCAUCGUUGCCCGAGCACUGUGCCUAUUCAGCCCGAAUCAAAGCUGCAGCGACUAAAGCGCUCCUUGUCCUUCAAGUCAGUGAUGCGCAGCAAGAGCGUGGACAACUUCUUCCAGCGCCCCAGCAACGGGGAAGUCCGCCUGCCCUCUGGGAUCAUCCACGAGCCUCCGCUGACCUCCUCGCCACCACCCUUCGGGGAGACGCCCCUGACCUGCGAGCGCUCACCCUCCCUCUCCCCUUCGCUCAGCCCCAACCCCUCGCUUUCGUCCCGCUCGCCCUCCCUCAGUCCCUCCCUCUCCCUGACCUCCAAAGCCCAGCUCCAGGGCCGGCUAGUGAAGACCCACUGUUUCCAGGAGCACGUCUUCCGUCGGCCCACCUGCUGCCAGCAAUGCAAACACGUGAUCCAGGGGAACUCCAAGCAGGGUCUGCGCUGUAAAGCCUGUAAGCUGGGCGCCCACCUCUGGUGCUCCUCUGAGCUGUCCCAACAGCCCUGCACAGGAAAGACGGGGGCCUUUAAACGGAACUUCAGCUCCCCUCUCUUGACUAACGAUAUGUUAGGGGUGGUCAAGGAAGCUCCACCAUCGCAAGAGUCUGAUAAAGGGGGAGUUGACCCUGUGUAUGAGGCUCUGCGUUAUGGAACGUCGCUGGCACAGAUGAGCCGCUCUAGUUUCGGAAGCAUCACUGGGUCCCCCAUUCAUAAGGUGGAGAGAGUAGGGGAGGGACUGGAAACGCAACCAAUCGUUGAGGAGGAGUUUGUCCCAGAGACUGAGACUCUCAAUCCUCCUGAAAGUGAGGCUGAUUCAGAGGACAGGGUCAGUCUGAAGACUCCAAAGCGCAUCGACGUCCACUCUGUACACACCUAUGUGGCUCUGUACAAGUUCAUCCCUCAGGAGAAGAAUGAUCUGGAAUUACAACCUGGCGAUCGAGUGCAAGUAACUGAUGACUCUAAUGAGGACUGGUGGAAGGGGAAAAGCAAAGACAAGCUGGGUUUCUUCCCCGCCAACUUUGUACAGAGAGUGCGCCCGGGUGAGCGUGUGUGGAAGGUCACGGGUGGUUUCCAUGGUGACCGUGACAGAGGUCAGAUGACUGUGAAAGAGUCUCAGAUCUGUGUAGGGAAGAACGAUGAGUUGGAUGGUUUCCUAAAGCUGAGCAGUGGGAAGAAGAGAGGUCUAGUCCCUUCCAAGUACCUUCUGGAGAUAUGACUUCCGUCAAAGAAGGGAAUUCUCUGUGUCCCGACCCUCGUUCUGCCCUGAAGACCACCCUCUAUCAGGAGCGCUUCCCUAACACCUCACUGACUGCCAACUCCCUGGAUGUGGAAAUGGACCCUCCCACCAACACCAGAAAACAUAGAGAGGGAGGGAGAAUAUGGUGGACACUGGCCAGGAUCGAAUUAGUUUCACUGCUUUGCUUGGAGUGGUGGAAUAAUUUUGAGAGAAAGGAGGGGGGAGGGCUUCUGUUGAGCUAGCUGCUUUACCUGUGGUGUACCCUCACACUCUUUUACCUGUUCACGCACACAGACACAAACGCACGCACGAGCACACACACACACACACACACACACACUGCACAAAGACACUGAUGCUAACAAUGGCCCUGGAGCUUGGGCGGCGUGACUGUAGCAGGCAGUGGUUGUCUGAAAGAUGUAUGGAUACCUCACAAUCUACACAAGCACAGCUUCUGCUUGAGCCAAGGUGGAGAAGACUGGCAGUUAUUCGCCGUGUGGUCGUGUGACCUUUUGGAUUUCAUGUGAAAGUGAAAUUUGGACGUUUUUGUGAGUCCAAGUUCUGUAGCAUUUUAUUGUAGCAGCUUGUUGCGACAAAGCUCUUUUCCUUUGAGGUUGUCCUCCCAGCCAGAUAUGGUAUAGCCGCAUUCCCUGUGGCGCAGAAUAUUUAGCACAUUGGGGCAAACCAAAGUGGGUAGGUGGUGGGGGUAGAAGGAAGCCUCAAGGGCCCUAUGCUUGAUUUGAGGAUUGUAGGUUGGACAAUGUAAUUGAAAGUGUACUGUUGAGUCAAAUUUAUUGAUGCAUGCUUCACUCACUCCCUGACCAUUGGGAGGUUCAGGUCCUAGCAUUUAAUCUUUGCUAACCCCCUCUUUCUUUACAUUGCUCAUUCCCAUUUGACAAUUUGUUUAGCUAAAUGGCUAACAGUUUUUUUGGUGCAAAAUGGCUUCUGUGGCAUCAUCCAGGUGGGUGUUACACAUACCUAUAGGUGUUGGAUGAGGUUUAAAGUGCUCCGAGCAUCAGGAAAAGCGCUGAAUAAUAUCAAAUCCAUUAUCGUCAAUGAUCUUUACUAUUAAGAUGGGUUUAGCCAGGAGAGCGAGGGGAGACAGACACACAUGUUAAUCCUGCUGUGAUGUCCUUCCCAACGAUGCGUGAUUAUUUGGGACCUCUGUCCCUCUUCCCCCAUUUAUUUCCCCCACCUCUCUGUCUGUCACACAUGCUCUCUGUCUAGCACUCUCUCCCUCUCUGUGAUCACUGAAGGCUUAGAGCUCUGUGACUGCAGCAGAGGUCACAGCGGUCACAGCACUGAGACAGUGUAGCAUGAUAAGACACUCAGACACAAAGCUUAACUUAAAAGUCAGAUUCCUCACUCUAUAUGGGCUCCUCUGCAGGCCUCUGGAUGUCAGCCAUUUUCAUAGCAUUUUAUAGUAAGUUAGUAAUACAUUAUUCUCAUGGAAUGUGUUGGGAUGCAACCACCCGACAUAAUUAUUUUCACAUGCGCAAUGUCCUCAGCCCUUUUGGUAAUGCCAUGUUGUGUUGAAACAUACCAUUCUAACACUCUCAAAUGCCUAGGCCGGACAAAGGAUGUUUUUGUGUAUCCUGCUGAAUUGAGAGUGAAAUGUCUAUGAAACACUGGAUACAACGUCCUGUGGAUGUCAUUACUUCCUUUGCUGAUUUAUUCACUCUAGGAUUCACUCCGUAGCAGUCAGAAGCUUUCUUGGCAAUAACCACUUAGUACCAGUCAAAAGUGUGGACACACCUACUCAUUCAAGGGUUUUUCUUUAUUUUUACUAUUUUCUACAUUGUAGAAUAACAGUGAAAACAUCAAAACUAAAUGGAAUCAUGUAGUAACCAAAAAAGUGUUAAACAAAUCAAAAUAUAUUUUAGGUUUUUGAUUCUUCAAAGUAGCUCCCCUCUGCCUUGACGACAGCUUUGCACACUCUUGGCAUUCUCUCAACCAGCUUCACGAGGAAUGCUUUUCCAACAUUCUUGAAGGAGUUCCCACAUAUGCUGAGCACUUGUUGUCUGCUUUUCCUUCUCUCUGCGGUCCAAUCCAUCUCAAUUGGGUUGAGGUCGGGUGAUUAUGGAAGCCAUGGCAUCUGAUGCAUCACUCUCCUUCUUGGUCAAAUAGCCCUUAGUCAAAUAACUUUUACAAUGAUGGUGUAGGCAGUCAUUGUAAAUAAGGAUUUGUUUUUAACUGACUUGCCUAGUUAAAUAAUUAAUUCAAAUAAAAAAAUGUAAACAACAUUUUUAC